ACUGUAAUUCAAAAAACAAAACAACUUAAAAUUCUUGCCAAUCUUAAAAAACUCCAAAUUGCAGUAUUUAAUGAAGUCAGCGAAUAUUUAAAAUUGGAAGAAAUUGAUUUUGAAAGUGAUGCUUUUAAUUGGUGGUAUGAAAGACGUGAAAAAUUUCCAAUUCUAAGUAGGCUUGCUAAAAAAUAUUUAGCAGUUUAUGCUGUUCUACAGCAUCUGAAAGAUUAUUUUCUGAUGCUG